AGACUCCAGGAAAUGCAGAUUGCGGUCCCACCAAGCUGAUGGCAUGGUCCAGCCCAGCAUGGAGCAGAAUCAACUAAGGCCUUGAAAAGAGACAAAAAGCCAAGGCUCACACAUGAAGGAACGGGAUCAGAGAGGCAGACAGAGUCCAGCAGACAGGAUGUGGCGCCUUUGACUGAACUGUAAACUCCAAGAUUUUAAGCGAGAAGAGAAAAAUGAAGAUGGGACAUUUUGAAAUGGUCACCACGCUGCUGGCAGCCACAGUUCUCAUGGACAUCUUCCAGGUGAAGGCGGAAGGGCCGGACGUGGAGGCGACCGCGUUUGACGACGAAUACCGGAAGUGUGGCAAAAGGAUGGAGGUCAAGUACGCCCUCCAGCUGCUCAGGGAGGAGAUUGCCGACGACGACCUCCUGCGGGUGGUGUGGGGCAACGCCGAGGUCAACUGGGAAAAGCGGAAGGCCCAGAUCCUCUACCCGCCCAACUUCAAGGACCCCUACGGGGUCGCCCUCAUGGCCUACGUCACGGAGGCGAGCCAGAAGUCCGUCUUCUACCACACGUUCAACAGAGCUGUGCAGAGGGCCGGCCAGUCCCGACAGGACUACAUAUAUGACUUCCAGUUCAAAUCUUUUCAUUUCUACCUGGUGAGGGCCCUGCAGCUGCUGAGACGACCUUGCGAGGAGAGUUACAAGAACGUGGUGUACAGCACAAGUCCCAACAUUUCCUUCACCAUCGCGGGGCGAAACCAAGCCAGACUGGGCGAGUGCACGUUGGCGUCUUCAACCAGGCCCCUGGCGGUUAACAACCAGCAGGUGCUAACCAUCCGUACCUGCUUUGGCGUUCCCGUGGACCGGUUCCUUCAAACAGAAGGUGAAGAGGUUGUUCUGAUACCCCCGAAUGAAGUUUUUCAAGUGUCUCGAGACGGGACCGGCAAUGAGCUCAUCCUGCAGAGCACGAACAAGACCUGCAGCUACUUCGAGUGUUCGUUCCUGGGGGGUCUAAAAGCUGAAAACUGUCUUAACCUGCCAGAGCUUUCUGAACCCGUGUAUGUGUACAACCCCGUUUCCACAGGUGGGGACUCAGACGCCUCAUUGUCGGCAGAGAUGGACAAACAGAAGCUUGAAGACACUGGGAGGAAAAGCCUGAGAUCCACUAAAUCGCCAGGAAUUAAAGUGCUACAACCAGAUGGAAAUUCUCUCCUGCCGGAUGGAAAGCCUGCUCCAGGUCCAGGUCCAGAUCCAGUUCCAGGUCCCAAAACCCAUCCUUCUGCAUCCUCUGGCAAAAGGCUCCUUCCGUCAGUCACAGCAUCCAUCAUUUUAACUGUCGCUUCUGCUGUAAACUUUCUUGCUCUAGAGCUUGAAAUGAUAUCUUAACCUUUAUUUGAAAGAUGCUAUUGGGAUCCCACAGGUCAAGAGAAAAGGUGUAUCUUUCACUUGGACAGACUUAGUGUGUAAAGUAAGAACCAUGUAUUUGUUCCUUGUUUUACUAUUUAAAAGCCGGUCCAGAUAGUGUCAUAGAAUUAACUUUUCAUUUCUGUAUUAAUUUUCGGAUUAUGAAAAUCCCAAAGCUGUAUACUUGUGAUUGUAUUCAAUAAAAAAUUUAAGUUUAUUAAA